AUGGCUGACAAUAGCUGCGGCGAAUAUGACAAUUCGAAUGACACAUCAGAUGAUGACUUUUCUGCGCUACUAAAUAUAACGUAUCCAGGAAAUCCAGCUAUAUUCAAGACAUUGGAUUUCAGUGACUAUAUGAAGAUAUUUGCGUACGUGUUAAUUAUCAUUGGAGGUCUCUUGGGCAACAUCAGUGUAAUCCUGACUGUAGCACUGAAUAGAUCAAUGAGGACUACCAUCAAUUUUUAUGUUGCUAACCUAGCUGUUGCGGACGCAAUGAUAUGUAUAUUCUGCAUGGGUCCGCAUAUUCUUAGCACAUUGACAUAUCCUCUUUUCGUGCUCGGAGAAUUCAUGUGCAAGUUUAACCCGUUCAUGCAAAUGACUUGUUUGACGAAUAGUGUUUUGACACUUUCUGCAAUUUCAUGUGACCGCUUCAUGGCAAUUAUGUUUCCCUUACACGUGCGAAUUACAAAGCAGCGAACAUCAGUUGUGAUGAAAGUGAUUUGGGUUAUUUCAAUCAUAGUUUCCAUUCCAUUCCUCAUCGUCAAAAAGCAUCUCACAAUUCAGUGGAAAGAUUUCUUGGAACCCCAAUGCAGUGAAAUGUGGAGCCUACAGUAUUAUUAUGAUGACGAAACUGAGCAGUGCAUCAAAUAUGAGCCCCUUCGUACAAUAUACUACGUGGUUGUGAGUGUGACUCUCUUUUUCCUCCCGGUGGCAAUUAUGAUCACUGCUUAUUCCCUCAUCCUCUGGAAAUUAUGGAUUUCGGAGGUUCCAGGGGAACGACACAUACAGAAUAUUAAUGUGCAAUACAGGGCGAGGAAGAAGGUUAUAAAGAUGGUCUUUGUUGUACUAGUAGCUUUCAUUUGCUGUUGGAUGCCAUUGCAAGUUAUGGUUCUGUAUUCCAUAUAUGGUCAUAAUCCAAAUGAAUAUGGUCAACUUCCAGCUUGGUUUCCAGAUUUUAAGUGGUUCUCGUAUUACAUUGCUUACGCUAACAGUUUUAUGAACCCAAUCAUCUAUGGCGGCUUUAACAAGACGUUUCGAGAAGGAUUUUGCAUAGUUCUGAGAUGUGGUUUUCAAAGAGACCGGUUCAUCAGGCCCCUGAGAACAAGGCUUACAUUCACAUCAGGAGUCAAUUCCACACCAACACGGAUCACUUCAAAGACACUCAACGGGCCUGACAAAGUAUCAUUCCACAGAUCAUCCACAACCGAGAUGAGAGCUUUUAAUCAACCAGGCUUCAAGGAUCAUUUUCCGGACACCAAAGAAUCAUUUGUUAUCAUAAAAGACACAAAAAAUUCUCCUCCACUGACAUAA